AUGGACCGGGAGCUUGAUGAGGCCAUCCGUGAUGUCAUUGGACCGUCCGACGACGACGACUCUCAGCCCUCUGCAGCAGUGGCAGCGACUAGGACCAGGAAGCCUGGCCGCGGCCGUCCGCGUGGAUCUGUGCUCUUGCGGCAGAAUCUGCAUGAAGUCUCUGAUGCGGUGGAUGAUGCGGCUGAUUCUGCACAGCAGGGCCAGGUGCAAGCCGUGGCGCCUGCUGUCGCAAACCCUGAAAACAGGAUGAACCGGGUAAGGGAGCAGAGACUUCAAAGAAUGGCAAAGAAAGACUGGCAAGGGCUAGGACCAGCAGAUCUGAUGAUUCGAAUGGGUAGUCCUGUGCAGCGAUCACUGGCUGCUGCACUUGUGGACAUCAGAAGCAGUGCUGCAAAGGGCAGAGGCGGAGUGAUGACGGAGCCCAAGGCAGAGGAAGCAGGGUCACCAGAGAUGAUUGAUCAUGUCGUCAAUGGCAAGGUUCUCACAGCUUCGGCUUCCUUGCUUGCCAGACUCACAGGCAAGGAGGCAUCGGUUGCGCAAGGCACUUUAGUUGCUGCCGGUGCCGCCACAGCUGAGACCAACGGCAUCAUGUUGGGUUCCAUGCUUUCUGAUUUUUGCAAGAUCGCAGUCCAGCAGGGAUUGAAACCUCUUCUAGCUGUGACAAAAGUUAGAUAUGAUGAAACUCCUGCCAAAGUUCGGAUAUGCAGAGCAUCGUUCAAUGAUCAGGCUUCAGACGGUGUCAGGGAAGGCAGUGUCAGUGGCGACAUGUCACAGUGCGUGAUUGUGCCACACGCAUGUGCGAAGGGUCCAGCACUACAGAAGUUCUUGCUGGGCAAUGGUGCCUCGUUAUCGUCGCAUGUUGCACAUGUCGCGACUCAUGCGAAAGUCCUCCAAACACAAGUUGCAAUGAGCUUCGUGUUCGCUGAGAAAGAUGGGGACUGCCAUUCGUUGACAUUUGAUCUUCCGUGCCCACUCCAGGUCAUUGAGAGAACCACUGGCGAAUGUCAGCGCAUGUGUAUCUGGGAGUCACUCACCCAGAUUCCAGAGUACAAGCGGCUGGUCGGCGGCUUCCAGCAUCAGGUGCGGUCCGUUUGCACGGACCGUGCUGGUGCAAACUUUCGGACAGAACGUGGUCUGCAAGAGUGGCUGCCGAAACAGGUGUUGAUUCACACCCCGUGUGAUCUUCAUAAAGCAGCUACAGCAAUCAAACACACCGUUCGAUCUUGUGAGUCUGAUAUGAGUGGACUAAUAAACUCGGCAUUGGUCAGUCGAGGAGAUGCAGGAGCCAUGGGUCGCCUACGAGAGAUAUUGCUGUCAAUCCUCGUGUCGACAACCGAGCGUGUGUGUGAUGAGUUUCCUCCUCAAGGACGCAUCAGUCGGCAUCGGAUGGAGAUGUUUGAUCUUUGGCUGCCAACCAAGCAUGUGGGUCCAAGUGUUGCCAAGCAGCAUCGCAAACGGAGAUUCUUGCUGAGCAACCUACUGAACGGCGAUUUGCUCAGCUCUGUGCCGCAACAUUACUGCCCAGUGGGAUGUUGCCAGAGCGAUGAUGACUUUGUUGGCAAACUCACAUCCUUCGGGCUGUGGGCAUUGCUGCCUCGGCGCAUGCCCUUGCUUUCGAGGAAGAACUGGCUGAACCAGACCCACGCUAUGGAGUGGGCAGGAUGCCUCGAAUCUCAUCACCAGUUGUUCUCCAAAAUCAUGAUUGCUUAUGUGGGAAGGCCAGCUGCCCCGCCCGCCACAGCCACAGAUGGUUCAGCUGGCAGUGCGCUGGAUAAUGCUGUCCAAGAUUUUCUUCUGGAAGACUUGUCUGGAAACAGAAGUGGGGAGCAGGCUGAAGCAGAACAGAUCCCUGAGCCUGAGCCGAGUGUUCAGGAACCUUCGGGUGAGCCAGUGUCAGCCACGACAGCUUUUGCAGAAGAGAACAGGCUAAGGCGUUUUUCGGUCAGAGAAUACAUUUGCUCGAAGCCUCUUCCCCGACUGUGUGUUCUGGAGGAGGUUCUCAAUGCCAUUCACUUGGUCAUGACAGAAUUCCUGGCACUUUCCAGUUCUGCAUGGGAGCAGAAACAGGCUGCCAAAGCUGCUUUGCAACAGCCUAGAGAUUACUUGGUUCUGCAAGCUGCACGAGGCACACAGAUCCACCGCUGCAUGGACAAGUUGGUCCAAGUUCUGUGCGAGGAACGACUAGACUCAGUCAGUUUUCUGGCCUGCAAGUUUCGUGCUCUUCGUUUUUGCAGUGCAAGUUCCGGCUUGUGUUGCUUACACGGUCUUCUCCGUAUUCCUCGCAGGUCAAUCACCUAUCAGGGCUUUUUGCUUUUGGACAGCAGGAGCCAUGCUGAUGCCCAGAAGCUUCUGGACACUCCACCGUGCUUGUGA